AUGCUCUGUGACGAAUGUGCAUUAUUCGUCACAUUUAGUAAAAAAUUGGGCGCCAAGAUUUCCCGCUAUGAUGAAUUGCAAAAACAAGUCGCUGAAGGCAGUCUCAGUGUAUCUGGCAGUAAUGAUGUGUUGACCUUGGCUUUGGGUCCCGAGCAUCCAGGGAGAGUAAGAGGGGUAGGUGCUGGGAUUUCCCCUAGGCAAUACUUCAAUUUACCUAGACAACAGAGGGUAAAGUUUGCCGAUCAAUUGAAGGAAAGUGUAAGAAUUGUCCUUCAAGAAGAGACUAAGAAGAUGGAAGCUAGAUCAAGGGAAGAGACUUUAAGGAUGGAGGCUAGAACCAAGCAAUUGGUAGAGGCUGAGAGGGAACAUUUACUGAGUCAGCUUUCCCAACUCAUCCCCAAUUUUGAUCCAAGCAUGCUUAAACCGAAAACUAGCCCCUGUCAAAACCAAGGUCUAGAGCAAAGUCCCAAAAAAUCCAAUGUCUGA